AUGGGAACCUGUGCCACUGUUCGAGUUCACGCAGCUCCAGCAGAGAACUCUAAAGCUCAUGCAAAAUCAUCAUCGGCGCAUUUGGUGAAACCCGAUAAACAUUGGUUAGAUAUUCAAUAUCACAAAGGAGAUCCUAAAAAGAUCAAGAAACCUGAUGAAUUGGUCAAUAAGCGUCCUCCCCCGGAACGUGUUGAUAAGAAUGAGUUUGAUAAAAUCUUCGGUUCUCUAAUUGGUUUAGCUCUUGGCGAUGCACUUGGGGCACAUGUUGAGUUUCGUCCAAGACAGUAUCUAGUAGAUAAUCCAGUCACUGAUCUACAAGCUGGGGGAACGUGGGGUUUACGCAAAGGACAGUUCACUGAUGAUACUUCGAUGGCACUUUGUUUGGCAAUUUCCUUGAUAACACGUCAUGAUUUUGUCCCAUAUGACCAACUAGUUCGAUAUAAAUGGUGGUAUAGAUAUGGAUAUAUGUCAUCGACUGGGGAAUGCUUUGAUAUUGGAUCUGGUACAAGAGAAUCAAUAUGCGCAUUCGAGUCACGACAAAAGAAAUUUGCUAAAAUUCAUCAGAUUUCUGAAAACGAAAUGGAUUUUCUCGAUGAUAAAAAGUUACUAGAAGAAUUUGAUAUUUAUUGUAGUCAUGACCGAGCAGCUGGAAAUGGUGGAUUGAUGCGUCUUGCACCUGUACCGCUGUUUUUUCAUCAAUCUCCGCGUCGAGCCGUGAAGUAUUCGGGCAUUAGUGCUAUAAUAACUCACGGAGAUCGGCGAGUUUAUGAUGCAUGCCGUUAUUAUGGUGCACUCAUUGUUGCUGCUCUUCGUGGUGAAAAGAAAGAGAAAUUAUUGGAUGAAGAGUUCUAUGAAAAACACCAAGAUUGGUUUGGUAAUAAACCAUUACAUGAAGAAGUUCAGAAAAUCGCUCAAGGAUCAUUCAAAACUAAAAAUGGUUAUGAAGGAGGAAUUCGAGGAAAAGGUUUUGUAUUAAGUAGCCUUGAGGCUGCUUUAUGGGCCUUUUACACUGAUGAGGAUUCAUUUAAAAAAGGUGUUCUCGCUGCAGUCAAUCUUGGUGAUGACACAGACACAACAGCUGCCAUUUACGGCCAAUUAGCCGGAGCAUAUUAUGGUUACAAGGAAUUACCGGAGGAAUGGGUAAAACAGAUCUAUGCCCACGAGUUUCUUCAAUGUUUGAGUGAAUGGAUUGUUUACGAAGGACAGAAAUGGGCUUCGGAUCGCUUAUCAUCGAAAUCUCAUCAACACGGAGAAGGUUCGAAUUCAACAACUGAUGAAAAGAAACAUUCAUCUAAAAAAAUAAAACAGGAUGAACAGAUUCCUGAGAAUCCCGAAAGCAAAUAG